AUGUCCGACAUGAAGCCAGCAACCUCAGCUCUAGAAACAUUCCUAAAAGCCAACUCGAUAAAAUAUAUCCUCCCAUUCUCAGAUGAAUACACCGAAGCACGCAAAGUCUUCAGUGCAAGCCGCCCCGACAACCCACUAGCAAUUUUGUAUCCCCAAACCGCAAGCGAGAUAUCAACCUUGAUAAAAUAUGCCAAAGCCAACUCCCUCCUCUUCACCCUCCGCACAGGAGGCCACAACCUAGAAGGCCGAACUCUAGUCGAAAACGCCUUGUUGAUCGACCUCCGGGCCCUAAACAAAAUCACCAUAUCCGAGGACCGACAAUCCGCAACCAUCCAAGGCGGAACCCUCCAAGAGGAAGUAGCCAACUACCUUUGGACCGACGGCCUUGGCACACCCAUCGGCGCAGUCCCAUCAGUCGGCUACGUCGGCUGGGCCACGUACGGCGGGUACGGACCCUUCUCCUCGAACUGGGGUCUAGGUGUGGACCAGAUCCUAGGCGCGACGAUCAUAAACCCAGACGGGGAAAUUGUCACAGCAGACAAAACAAUCCUGCAGGGAAUCCGCGGCGCGGGUGGUCUUUUCGGCGUCAUUCUCGAUCUCACGGUUAAGGUCUACCCACUGCCCAAUCUUCUAGCCGGCGGCAUCUUCUUUGAAUCAAGUGACAUCGAGAAGACUUUCGUUGAUUUCAAUGCAGCGUAUCAAUCACUCCUCAGUACAGAGGGUCUGCCUCCACAACUGACACUCCAACAAAUGGUCGUCAACGCCCCGCCUGGUCGUAUGUACGGUGUGAGCUUUGUUUGGAGUGGAAGUGACGUGCAGGAGGGUCAGCGCUGGAGUGACAAGAUAGCGACCCUGGUUCCUCUUAUGGUGAAUACAGUUGCUGCUACGACGAUGCCAGAAUGGCUUGCUGGCAAUGGGCACUUGGUUCCUGCGACUGUGUAUGGCUCAGGUAACUUUACGCAUAGUGUGCAUUCUAUCUCGCCGGCCGUGGCUAGAGUUAUUGGACGGCGUUUGCGGGAUAUGCCGCAGGAUCCGGGGACUAUGUUGUCUAUUCAUCAGUUGAGGGGGCCUUCGGCUAAGCCCCAGGACCAAGCCUCUGUUUUUGUUGCGCGGGAGCCGCAUUUCAUGUUGGAAAUUCUGGGGUAUGCCACGGUUCAAGAGGUUAAGGUUGAGGCGGAACGUUGGGCGGAAGGGGUUCUUGGUGAGAUGGGGACUGUUGAGCCUGAGAAUUUGUUGGCUACAGCUUAUGUUUCAUUGUUUAAUACUCGGGGGAAGGAGGCGGAUGAGGUACUCGAGAAAGUCUAUGGGUCUAUGGCGACUGUGGUGAAGGACCUUAAGCUUGGCUUCGAUCGAGAUAAUGUGUUUAGUUUGACGGUGCCGGCGUUGGAAUAA